AUGUCUUCCUCCAAACUCCAAGAUGCGGAUGAAGUUUUUGAUUUUAAUGAUGUGAUUCCAGAGACCCAGAGGCUGGACAGCAGCUUGCAGAAGGCCCGAGCUCAGCUUUCAGCCAAGGGCAGGCGCCAACGUCCUUCGCGGUCCCGCUUGAGAGACAGUGUCAGCUCCACAGAAGGGGAAGAGAUCCUGGAGAAGAAGGUUGGUGAUGGCUGUGGAAGCCCCCUCCAUCGCCUGAGGUCCCCGCUGCAUGGCUCACUCCAGGUCUCAUCGCCCCUCUCCAGUUCCUCACCUUUUGCUCGCACAGCCGAGUUCUCCUUUGAUGCCUCCACAGUCCGGAGGUCCCUGGAGCAGGAGGAACAGCUGUCAUCACCCCUCAUCCGUUACCGGCCCCUGACAAACACCUCCUCUCAGGAGGCCUUAGGGGGCACCCCCUCCAGCUCCUCGCCCAAGUCCUGCCACAGCUCAGACAGCUCGCCUAUCUAUGCACGCAGAGAGAGGCACAGCGAAGACGACAGCCGGGACACAAGUCCACCAGAGCCUGCAAGUCCCACCAUUGGGCUUGACAAGAAAACCCGGAGGAAGUUCCUUGAUUUAGGGGUCACACUCAGAAGAGCAUCUUCUGGGAAAAGCAGGAAGGAGAAAGGGGGCAAUCGGCUUUCCAUGGGCAACAGGGAGCUGAUGGAGGGCUCCAGCCGUUCCUCCAUCUCGCCCUUCAUGCCUUUCUCCUGGUUCACGGAUGGUGGGAAAGGCUCCGCUUCCUCCGGCAGCACGGCCUCCCCCACCUCUUCCCCCAAGAAUGAGGCCUUCAGCCGCAAGAAAUCUGCCUCCCAGGAAUCCACCCUGAGCGAUGACUCCACCCCACCCAGCAGCAGUCCCAAAACCCUAAGUGCAGCCCCUCCUGAGGCCAAGUGUUCCUACCCCUACCACACACUGUCUCAGUCUUCUGAUGAGUUCCUGGAUGAGCCUUUGAGUGCAGCUUCCACGUGGAGCAGUCAGAAAGUGGGCCAGUGGCUGGAGAGCUUGAACCUGGAACAGUACAUGGAAGAGUUUGCUGCUCAGGAAGUGGAUGGCCACCAACUGCUGCUUCUCGAUGGAGCCAGGCUGAAGGCUCUCGGGGUCAGCAACUCUCACGAUCGAUCUCUUCUAAAGAGGAAGCUGAAGGAGCUGAAUGCCGCAGUGGACAAGGAGAGGAAAGCUCAAGAAAAGGUGGAGAAGCAGAAGGGAAAGCAGCAGAAGAGGAAAGAGCGGGAGCAGGCACAGAGGAAGAGUUAGGCGAGGGGGGCGGAACAGGGAUGGCCGUUUCCCAGUGCACGU